UCCUCGCGAUAGCCGCGGCCUCGGUGCGGGAUGGCCGCGGAGCCGGGUGGAGGUCUCCCGCGGCUCCUGGAGCCGGCUCUCGGGGCCGAGACAUGGCCCGGGCCCCAGGCCAGCUAGGAGGGCCUCGUCCGGACACCGUAGCCAUGCCCAAGAGAGGGAAGCGGCUCAAGUUCCGGGCCCACGACGCUUGCUCGGGCCGAGUGACCGUGGCCGACUAUGCCAACUCGGAUCCGGCGGUGGUGAGGUCUGGACGGGUUAAGAAAGCCGUGGCCAACGCUGUUCAGCAGGAAGUAAAAUCCCUUUGUGGCUUGGAAGCCUCCCAGGUGCCUGCAGAGGAGGCUCUUUCGGGCGUGGGUGAGCCGUGUGACGUCAUGGACAGCAGUGAUGAGAUGGAUGCCCAGGAGGAAAGCACUUGUGAAAGAUCAGUCUCCAGAAAAAAGAAAAGCAAGAGACACAAAGAAGACCCGGGUGGGGCUGGAGGAGAAGAGUAUCCUAUGGAUAUUUGGCUGCUGCUGGCUUCUUAUAUCCGUCCUGAGGACAUUGUGAAUUUUUCCCUGAUUUGUAAGAAUGCUUGGACUGUCACUUGCACUGCUGCCUUUUGGACCAGGUUGUACCGAAGGCACUAUACGCUGGAUGCUUCUCUGCCUUUGCGCCUGCGACCAGAGUCCAUGGAGAAGCUGCGUUGUCUCCGGGCGUGUGUGAUCCGAUCUCUGUACCAUAUGUAUGAACCGUUUGCUGCUCGAAUCUCCAAGAAUCCAGCCAUUCCAGAAAGCACUCCCAGCACAUUAAAGAAUUCCAAAUGCUUACUUUUCUGGUGCAGAAAGAUUGUUGGGAACAGACAAGAACCAAUGUGGGAGUUCAACUUCAAGUUUAAAAAACAGUCCCCUAGAUUAAAGAGCAAGUGUAUGGACCGGUUGCAACCACCCAUUCAAUAUGAAGAUGUUCAUACCAACCCUGACCAGGACUGCUGCCUGCUGCAGGUCACCACCCUCAAUUUCAUCUUUAUUCCUAUUGUCAUGGGGAUGAUAUUUACCUUGUUUACUAUUAAUGUGAGUACAGAUAUGCGACAUCAUCGAGUGAGAUUGGUGUUCCAAGAUUCUCCUGUCCGUGGUGGUCAGAAUCUGCGCGGUGAACAGGGUGUACAAGUUGUCCUGGAUCCAGUGCACAGCGUUCGGCUCUUUGACUGGUGGCAUCCACAGUAUCCAUUCUCCCUGAGAGCAUAGUUAUGCUGCCCUUCCCCUGGGACAGCUUCCAGUCCCAUCCAUUAGAGAUCAGAUUCUGUUGGGAAGGGGCAGCUGGAUGGUGUAGCUGAUUAGUGAUGCACACACUCUUUGGUCCUGCGGAUCCUAUUACAGGAGGUGAGGAGGUUGAAUCAAGAGGAAAAACAACUAUGAUUUAUAAACAUUUUCAUGUAAAAUUUGCAUAUUUGAAAGGAGACGCCUGGUCAUUUUCUGUGUUAAGUCCCAGUUGGUGCUGUUGAGUUUGUUCUUUAUUCUUUUAUCUCAGCAAAUGGAUGAUCUUUUGAUAGGGGAAAAUCAAGCUCUUAUUACUCUUCAAGCAAGGAAAUUUUUCCCCUUGUGGAUCAGAGGAACCCAGAGGCUUAAAAAGGUUGCUCCAGAGUGUUGCUCCUCAAAUUGAAAUGAAUAUUUUUUUUUCUUUUCCUUUUACCCUUUUCCAGAAAUAAAGCAGGUGACAGAGUUGUCAGAAUCUUACAAGAUUGACUUAUGCAUCUUUAAAAAAAAUGCUUUUUGGAUAUUUAUUACAUGAAUAUUGAUUGUUUUGCUGAUUUUGUAUUUUGAGUUUCUGUUUCAUUGCAUGAGAUUGAUAGUGAUGGUAAUGAUUAUGUGCCCCUGGUACUGUCGUAAGAACUUUAUAGAUUGUGUCUCUAAUCCUUGUGUCUUGCAAGGUAGUUGAAACCCUUCCCGUUUUAUGGUUGAGAAACUGAAUCAUUGACUUACCCAAGGCCAGAAGUACUGCUACAUGCAGAGCUAGGAUUCUGACCCAGGCCUUUUGUUGCUAUACCACAACUUCAAAGGCCAGUCUCAGUUUUCUUGUGGUAUAUAGUGGUAAAAAGGAAUAGGCAGAGUGUGAUAAAUAAAAAAUUGAAAGAAUGAGUUAUUUGAAUCUUUUGGAUAGACAAUAUUAACUGAAAGGUAAAACAGUUUAAGAAGAAUUGUGGUGUUUGCAUUAAAUUGUUAGGCUUUAUUAUACUAAAAGUCAUUUUCAAAAGAUGUGUUGCAUGUUGAAACCAGCCUUAAACUAGAGCAAUUAGUGGCUCUUCCCUGCCCUGUCCUGUACUUUGCAACCUUUGUUUUUCCGUUUAAAAUCAUCCUGUGUGCUUUCAGGAGCCUGGUCUUCUGUCUUCACAGAAGCGUUGACACCCUCAUUGGUCAAAGUUCUUACUGUUACUGGCAUGCUCUGAGAAAAGGAUCAUAGGUGGGUUUAUGUUUCUUUUGUUAAGAAGAAAAUCUUGUUGCUUCCCACAUGGGGAUGUGGCAGGAGGUAGACAUUUAAGAUGGUAGUCUUACACUCAAGAUCUUGAGU